CGACUCACCGUGUUCCUGGUCUUCGGAGAGCUCUCUAUUUAUCGAGCCGGAAUACAUCGGGCUUAUCCGAUAAGAGCUUCACUAUGCAGUUCCUAGCUGUGAGACUGUUUUCGUCCAGUCUCGCUGCUCGCUGUGUGACGAGAGAUAUUUUGUCCGCAAAGAAGCUCCAGAACCACAUCAGAUGUCCAAGAUACUUCAGCACGACGUCCGCCCGGAAUCAGCAAACAGAAGCUGCUGGAGCAGCCGCACCUGCUGCGGCUGCGACGACCUCACCUGCGACACCAUUGGCCGGCGAGUCCGCGGCGGAGAAAAUCGUGGAUAUCUCAGCUGGAUCAGAUGUCACGCUUUCACAAAUCGCAGAAGGCUUGAGUACAGACCUGCUCACGGCGAGCGGUAUUGCACCGACCUUACAGGACAUGGGAUUGGGCUCUUAUUACACUCCACCAGGACUCCUUCAGAAUGCAUUGGACCUUCUUCACUCGGCUGGAUUGCCGUGGUGGGCUGCAAUAGCUCUGACGACCGUGGUGAUGAAAACUCUGAUGAUUCCCCUCGCAGUCAAGGCACAAAGGAACGCGACGGUAAUGAACAACUACAUGCCGGAGUUGCAGCGACAUCAACUCAAGCUGAGAGAAGCCAGGGAAUCCGGGGAUAUCCUGGAGGCGUCCAAGGCAGGGAAUGAAUUGGCGAAAUUCACGAAGGAGAAGAACGUCAACCCAUUGAGCUCUCUAGUUCCCGUGCUCAUCCAGGGUCCAGUAUUCAUCUCCUUCUUCAUCGCUUUGAGGAAGAUGGCCAAUCUGCCGAUGGAGUCCAUGAAAACUGGGGGACUAUAUUGGUUCUCCGAUCUCACUGUGCCGGAUCCAUACUACGUCUUGCCGCUCGUGACUUGCACCACGGUUCUCGUCAUGUUCGAGACGGGAGCUGACGGAGCCACCCGUGCUGACAAUAUGAGAAACAUGAAGUACGUGCUGCGAGCCGUACCCUUCCUCAUGUUCCCUUUCACGAUGGGCUUCCCGGCUGCGGUUCUCACCUACUGGACGACAUCAAACUUCUUCGCUCUUGCUCAAACGACGAUAUUGCGACGUCCGGGCGUACGGGCGAUGUUCAACAUACCUCCACUGGUCAAGCAUGUCAAGAAAGAUUUGCCCUUGUCGAAAGGCUUCGUUCAGGACAUGAAAGACAACUACACCAAUCUGAAGAUAUCAUCGGAAAUCGGUAACAGAGCCCGCUCAGACGAGAUCCGAUUCAAGCAGGCUGGUGCAGGGCCUGUCAUACGAACUUACAAGACUCCACAGAAAGUGAAGCAACCAGCGAAAAACUAGGUAGUAUAGCUUCGUGGAAUAAAAUUUCGU